AUGGGAAAAUCAUCUCGCCAGCAGGGUGUCAGUAAAUGUAAGGAAAUCUUGUUUAUGGUGUUGGCUAUCGGGGCUAGGGUUGCUAUUGCCGAAGGACAGCACGACACUUCUAUGCUGCAAGAUUGGGCAGAGCAUUUUUCAUCAAAGGUAAAUGGGCUGCAUAUUACUUUUGAGGAUCUCAGUCUGUCCUCGACUUACUUCUUGCUCUUGAAGGUUAUGCGGCCUAAUGAAGUAUGGCUUUACCUAGGACAUGCAGCCCGUAGUGCUAUGGUAUUGGGUAUCAAUCGAUAA